AUGGCAUCCCACGUCGUCGUCAUCGCCACCGACCUGCGCAGGGCGACUAUCAAAGUCACCCCUGGUACCUAUCUCUCCGAUGUGCUAGACCAAGCUUGCCAGAAGCUCAACCUCUCCAGCGACAAGUACCUUGUCAAACACAAACAGAGGCAGGUCGAUCUCUCUGUACCCUUCCGAACAUCAGGCCUUGCUGGCGGCGCAAAGCUCGAGCUCGUUAUGCGCUCGAACACCCCGUCCGCCGUACAAAUCGCCCUCCAAAUCCCCCAACCCGACGCCAAGGAGAUCCCAGGCGGCCGCUUAAUCAAGAAGUUCCCCUCCGACCUGACGCUAUGGAAAGUCAUGCGCCAGUUUGAAAGUGGAGAGGCGAGCGCGGGGAAGAAUAUCAACAUCACCGCGAGGGGUUAUGCGAAUACAACCAGUGGGAGCGGACAGCUGUAUUAUGAGACACCUGUUUUGAACAUUAUGGGGAGGGAGUUUUCGAGUUUUCCAGAAUUUCAGAAGACGUUGGCGCAGUUGGGGCAUAAUUCGGGCAAUGUGUUGAUUCGGUUGGGGUACAAGAGGACUGAACAGACGCUGUUUGAGGCCAUGGAGAAGAUUAGUACAUAUUUCAAAGAUGGAGAAGAGAACAGCGGAUCCGACGUCAAGGUUGAUGGAACGAAAACAGAAGCCAAGGAAGAGAUUCAACAGCAGGAUGAUACGACGAUGACCGACGGUGUGCCAGAACCACAGGUCGCUCAAGAGGAUUCAUCACCGUCACAGCCUGAGCUUGAGCCUGCCCACUCAACCGCGCCGGUAGAACAAGAUGCUCCUAAUGAGAGUGCAACAGCCUCCUCGCCCACAUCACAGGAUCCGUUUCAGCCCGUCAACGUCUUCCUCGCGCCAACGGGAACUACACCUGCUGCAGCACUGGUACCAGCCUCAGAGACGGACUUCACGCCAACCAUCGCCCACGCUCAACUCCACCAGGCCCGACUUCUCGAGGGCUCGAGGAACAAACGGCUCCUCUCAGACAAGGAACUAGAAGAGAAGGCCGCCGCGGAAGAAGCACGCAUCGCCUCCAUUAAAUCCAUCCUCGUCAGGGUCCGAUUCCCCGAUAAUACCAGCAGCGAAUGGCAAGUCAGCCCCAAUGAGACGGGAGCGUUCUUGUACCAAGCUGUGCGACACGUCAUGGCAGAUGCUACGCAGCAGUUUCACCUCGUGCUCCCCGGCGGCAAGGACAUCAUCAAAGACAGCAACGGGGAAAAUCAUAACCUUGUCAAGUCGUACAAACUAUCUGGCCGGGUCCUCGUCAAUUUAGUGUGGGAAGAUAGUGUACCGGAAGCAAUCAGAAAGCAGCCCUUCCUCAGGGCAAACGUCGCGAGGCAGGGACAAGCUGUCAAGGUGCCUGAUCUUCCAAAAGUCGGUGAUGCACCUGAGCCGGGUCCCGCGACGGAGGCGCCCAAUAAAGAGGACAGGAAGGACAAGGGGGAUGGGACGAAGAAAAUACCAAAGUGGUUGAAGUUGGGGAAGAAGUGA